UUCGGUUUCCAGCCUACCCACCACAUAAUUAAAACAAGAGCUAACCCAGCUAACUAGUUAGCUAAUUUAGUUCACCUAGCCAGUGUUAGCUGACGUUUGUAGUCGGACUAACAUAAAGCUAACCACCUACAUUUAUAUUAAUAUUAAAGCAAACCGAUUUCGUCCAUCCUGACUAUCAACAGCAACAAUGGCAUACACCAGGACAUACAGCUCACGUGUUCAUAUUGGAAAUUGGACAGAAGAUGUUGUUCUUGAGGAGGACACACUAAAGGACUUCUUGGACAGGCGGGAGAGAGGAGAACUUGCCAUCCAGAAAAUUGGUCUUCUCAAACAAAAUAUACUAAAAAAGGUUGAUUUGUCUGUGUCAACUGAUGGAUGGUUGCACUUUGGGGACACAGUCAUGCUGGUCAACCCUGGGUCUGACAGACGGUACAACCCCUCUCAACUGCGGAAGUCUCCGCAAGAUCCCUCCGCCCUUGGGUUAAACGCCAAUGUAAGUGGACUCAGUGCAAACUCCUCUAUUGGGGCUCCGUGUGAUGUCAGUGGAACCAGGACCAUGGAACCUUCUGCAAGGACUGCCUUUGUAAUCACAAGUGUGGAUGGUACUCCAGUGGGUGAGACUCUCAAGUACAAUCAACAUUUUGCUCUGCGAACAACAGAAGGGUUUGCAGGAGGGCUGUACCUGGAGAGUGACAUCAAGACUCCCCAGAAGUAUGCCAAGAUGUCACGCCUGCAGGAGGUUAACCUCACGGACGAGCCCUCGUUCCUGACGCGGUGGCAUGUUGUGUACUUCGAUCCCCAGGAGCGCCUUGAGUACGAGGGUCUGCCUGUACCUGUCAAUACAACAGUGAUUAUUGCUCAUUGCAAGACAAACCAGUGUUUGGGUGUCCUUGGAAAUCAUGUUUCAUGGACGUCAUUUGGGAAAGAAUAUGAAGUGGUGGCUCAAACAUACCUGGAUUCCCAUAAGGCUGAAUGUGAUGUUAAUUACUGGCUCUUUGUCUCUGCCAACCCUGGGGUGGAGGGCCAGGCUGUUCUCGACAGGCCUGCCCCAAUGGCUAACAUCACACCCACUGAGAACCUGGAGAACCGCAUUUCUGAAGCCAGCGAUACAGGACUAUGUGAUGAAAAACAGGACAUUUAGUUUCAUGAAAUGCAUGAAGCCUAGAAGUACAGAAUAGUCUGAACACCAAUGAUGAAUGCCUGUAGUCUACUUGAAAUUAAUGCUAUCUAUUUCUGUCGAUAUUCAAAACACACUACUAUACAUUUCAACCAUACUUAGAAUAGUUCAUACAUUCACAUACAAACCGUUCUAAUAAUACAUAUGCUAUAUCUGAUUAUGCUCACAUCUUUGAAUAAAGCACAUAUUGU